GUUUUUUGGUAAAAGAAGGCAAUGGGAUUAUAGAGGAGCUUCAAACUUAGAGGAACUACAUCAACUUCUAAGUGAAAUAAUGAUCAGAAGACUGAAGAAAGAUGUCCUAACUCAGUUGCCUCCCAAAGUCAGGCAACGUAUUCCAUUUGACUUGCCACAAGCUGCAGCAAAAAAUCUGAAUGCCACUUUUGCAGAGUGGGAGAAAUUAAUGAGAAGUCCAAGUUCAGAUGCCACUGAAAGCCACUUUUCUCAAGUGAUGAGUCUGAUCACACGCAUGUAUAAGGAAACAGCCAUUGCCAAGGCAGGAGCAGUCAAGGACUACAUCAAAAUGAUGCUUGACAAUGACAAACUGAAGUUCCUGGUCUUUGCCCAUCACCUGAGCAUGCUGCAAGCCUGCACAGAGGCAGUGAUAGAGAGCAAGGCUCGCUACAUCCGAAUAGAUGGGAGUGUUCCCUCUGCAGAGAGGAUUCACCUCGUCAAUCAGUUUCAGAAGGACCCCGAAACCCGGGUUGCUAUUUUGAGUAUUCAGGCAGCUGGUCAG